GUGCUCCCUCCCGCCUUCGGCCUCGGUGCAUCCUUUAGCGAUGUCUGGACCCUCCAGCAUCUCGUCUGCGUCGUUCAACGACUAUAACGCUCAGCUGCAGGGCAGCGCGCUCAAAGCGACCCGCGCCGCUCUCGGUCUGCCCGCCGACAUCCCCUUCCACCGUUCGGUACACCCCGACUUUGCCAAGGAGCUCGACCAAUGCUCAGCGCGUGUCCUCUCAAUCACGAACAAACUCCUCAGUCUUGCUUCCACGUCGAACAGCUCUGCGAGCGCACGCGGGAAGGGUAAGGCCCGUCUCGAAUCCCAGGAUGAUGUCGCCGACCACUUCCACUCGUUCGUGGUCGACGUUAUGGACCAGCUUUUAGAGCGCGCGGACAUCGGUUUGGAUGAGUUCCUCGGACAUUCGAAAGCGCCCGCGAUCGCAGUAAACGCUGCGCCUACCGCUGCUCAGAAGCCAAAGAAGAAUAACGUACCUCCGGGGCGCCUCGAUCCAGCAUUGCAACAUGCGUCGCACCUCCCGAAGCCUCAACUAUCCUUCAAACGAAAGGUAGACAACACCAAUGGUGUGCCAUGGCACCCCACGCUUCGGCACAAGUACAACGCAAAAGUCCCGCUUGGGUACAACCUCCAGGAAGAUAGUGAGGGGGUAGAGGAAGGGCCUUCGAGCUCCCUCCACCCCUACCGCCACGAGAUCAAGCACAUCUCCUACCCCACCCGCAUGUUCACGCCCGCCCCGCCCAUCGUGCCACGCUCCUUCGAAGACACGCCCUUCACCUGGGUCUCGACGUCCGCCGAGUUCGCCGUCAUGCUCGAGCAGAUGCGCGGUGCGCGCGAGAUUGCGGUCGACCUCGAGUACCACAGCUACCGCACCUUCGCGGGCUUCGUGUGCCUCAUGCAGAUCAGCACGCGCGAGGCCGACUUCGUUGUGGACACGAUCGCACUGCGCGACGAGAUGGAGGAGCUAAACGAGGUUUUCACGGAUCCAGACGUCGUAAAGGUCUUCCACGGUGCAGAGAGCGACAUCGUCUGGCUCCAGCAGGACUUCAAUCUCUACGUUGUGAAUUUAUUCGACACCUACCAUGCAUCGAAGGUGCUAGAUUUCCCCAGGCACGGACUCGCAACGUUGCUCGAGAUGUACUGCGACUUCACCGCUGACAAGCGGUACCAGCUAGCCGAUUGGCGCAUACGGCCAUUACCCGAAGAGAUGCUGCAGUACGCGCGCUCCGACACCCACUUCCUGCUGUUCAUCUACGACAACCUCCGGAACGCCCUGCUCGACCGUGCACAGUCGAGGGCUCAGUCGCGUGCCCAAAGCCCCAGCUCAUCCGCCGCAACACCUACCCCCGAAUCCUCGUAUCCACCCGCACACGCGCUUGUGCGCGAAGUUCUCUCCCGCUCGGAAGAGACUGCCCUCCGUGAGUACGAGAAGGAGCUAUAUGACACCGACACCGGUGCUGGUCCGGGCGGCUGGGACACGCUCGCGCGCAAAUGGAACAAAGCUUCACUCAUGGCGGUAUCCAGCGACCGCGAAGGCGCUACGGCGGUCAAUGUGCAACGUGCAGUGUACCGCACCGUCCACGGCUGGCGCGACCGCAUCGCUCGGGAAGAAGAUGAGAGCACACGAUACGUGCUCCCCAAUCACUACCUGUUCAGCCUCGCGGAGCGCACCCCAGCAGACAUGGCGGCGCUCUUGUCGGUCUUCCACCCGGUCCCGCCAGUCAUCCGCCGCCGCGCCAAGGAACUGCUUGAUGCGAUCCGUGACACAGUGAAGGGCGCUCUCGGCCCGACCGCAGAAACGCCUCGCGCGCCUGCGGGGCCGAGUGCGGCUCAGGAGGUGGCGAUGCUAAUUGAUGAAGAGGCGUCUGCCGCGGAGAUGCCGAAAGCGUCGACGCUAUCGAGCGCGUUGUGGGCCAACGCGGCCUCUAUCAAAGCGACGUCAUCGCACCUGUUCGGACCCUCGUUCUCGGAGGUUCCCACCGCGCCGCGGAUAGUGGCAUCGCGAAGCGCACUUCUUGGCGGACCUAGUGCAAAGGGUCGGAAUUCAUCAGAUGCAGCGACAGGCCGACGAGCGAAGUUUGCUGAGGCUGCGGCUCGUAUCCACCGCACGCUGGUCAUCGUGCCCGCAGUCCCGCCAGUCAUGCAACCGAAGGCAGAGGAAGAAGAGGCGGCGAUGACGGCUGCAGACGACGGGGAAGUUCUCAAGACUGAUGCGGUGGAGGAGAUGCCGUUCGUGCCGGCUGGGCAGCGAGGGAGGAUGCCGGAGCCCGUGGACGAUACCAUAGUGGUGGUGGGACAGCGCAAACCUAAAAAGCGGAAACGGACCGGCGAGAAAGCAGAGGGUGCCGGCACCGCGGUGGCAGGUGAGGGGAGCACGAGCACCGAGGUGGAGGCUGAGGUGUUCGACUACGGGACGGUGUCGAACAUCCUGGAUGAGGGGUCAGAUCACGAGCGGAAAGAUGCGCGCGGUGGGAGGAAGAAGCGGAAGCAAGGGCAAGGGGCAGGAGGGUCGACGUCGUUCUACGGGAACUUUGGGGCGCCGCCGAAGGCGCACAGCGAGGUGAAGCAGGGGAACCAGUCGCGGACGUUCCGAUGAGGGGGAGGGGGCGGCGGGCGGAAAAGUAUCCGGGCUUUAUCCAGGUUGAAUAAUACAUCGUCUUGGC